AUGCGAGGGAAUUCCAUUUACCGCGUGGGGAUCACAAGUGGCCCUGCAAGACGACCGAAUCCAGCAGCUAGUCUUGCGUCGAGACGUUUACCGUCCAAGGGCCAUGUUAUACGGAGAGGAUUGUUAACAGAGAGCUAUGCUCGUGGUCCAUCAGAGCCUCCUUUGAUUGAAUCCACCGUUGGAGAUCACUUUGCCACUAUUGUUAAGCAAUAUGGAGAUCGGGCAGCAGUUAUAUCCAAGCAUCAGAACGACAGAUUGACCUAUGCCUCUUUAGAUGCCAAAAGCAAUGCCAUGGCACGGGGCUUGGAGUCGCAGGGAGUGCGGACUGGCGAUAGAGUCGGUGUCAUGCUGGGGAAUUCCAUUGAAUACGCUAUUGCGACCUACGCAUUGUUCAAGCUGGGGGCUAUUCUGGUACCGAUCAACUUGUCCUUCAAUGCAAACCAAGUAGUCGCUGCUCUUAGCCACCUCGGUGCUAGCCAUCUGAUCAUCAGCUCGGAAUCCAACUUACCACGAAAAGAACCUCGAAAUAACAUCCCACUCCUCAAGCAUCUCGUGCAGGACCUCUCCAGCUCUACUUUAGAGUCUGAAUUGAUUCCCACGCUGAAAAAAGUCAUCUACAUCGACAACUCAUCUGGCCGCGUCGACGCCUCUGGUUAUCGAUCUCUUACUCCAUAUUCAUUAAUCAUGUCAGAACUCACCGCAGAUGGUCUCCCAUUAUCGCCUCGCAACCUCUCUCCACAUGAUAUCGUGAAUAUCCAGUUUACAUCAGGGACAACUGCCAUGCCCAAAGCAGCAUGUCUAAGUCACAGAUCCAUCGUGAAUAACGGUUCUCAUAUCGGUGAUCGAAUGCGUCUCACGCCGGAGGAUAUCGUCUGCUGUCCACCGCCACUCUUUCAUUGCUUCGGCUGUGUAUUGGGAUACAUGGCGACGGCAACCCACGGCUCAGCCAUCGUUUUCCCGGCAGAGUCAUUCAAUGCAAAGGCUGCUCUACAAGCAGUGCAGGAGGAGAAGUGCACAGCACUUUACGGAGUCCCCACGAUGUUCCUCGAGCAGCUUGGUCUCAUACAGAGUGGCGAGGUCUCACAUGAGGGAUUCCAACACCUGCGCACCGGGAUCGCAGCCGGUAGCACUAUCCCCGCAGAGCUCAUGAAGAGACUACACAAAGUACUGAACCUCACUGAAUUGACAAUCUGCUAUGGCAUGACCGAGACGAGUCCCGUUUCCGCCAUGACUACGACAGAUGACCCAAUCGAUAAGCGGGUCAACACUGUGGGCAGAUUGAUGCCACAUGUCGAGGCCAAGGUUGUUGACCCAGCUGAUAAAUCAAAAAUUCUCCCCAUUGGCACACGAGGUGAGCUGGCAGUGAGCGGAUACCUUCUAAUGAAGGGAUACUGGGACGACGCCGAUAAGACAGCCGAAGUUAUGAUCCCCGACGCUGAUGGAAAGGUCUGGAUGCAUACCGGAGACGAAGCAUCCCUCUCACCCGACGGAUACAUUUCCAUCACAGGCCGAAUCAAAGACCUCAUAAUCCGCGGCGGAGAAAACAUCCACCCACUGGAAAUCGAGAACUGCCUUCUAGCCCAUCCCGGUGUGGCAGAUGUAUCUGUUGUCGGUGUCCCGGAUGAAAGAUACGGAGAGGUUGUUGCUGCUUUUGUGAUUACUCGGGAUCUUGACCCGAAGACGAUGACCGAUGAGCAGAUCAAGAAAUGGGUUGAUGAGCGAUUGAGCCAUCAUCUUGUCCCGAAAUACGUCUUCUUCCUCCCACCAACAGACUCAUUCCCCAAGACUGCAAGUGGCAAGAUUCAGAAAUUCAAACUCAAGGAUUGUGCAGUCAAAACCCUGAAUGAAGGGAACGGCCCCUAUCCGACUUUGCAGUAA